UUCAAAAUUAUCCGGUAUUCACCAUAUAAAUUAUCUAAUCAAAAGAUGCGAACGAGUCAUCUCCAUUUUGAAAGCUCUUUCUGGGGUCUGGUGGGGGGCACACCCCUUCACUAUGAAAUUAAUUUAUAAUGCUUUAGUCCGUAGCAUUCUGGAUUAUGGGUCACACUUGGUGAUUCCUGGUAACAAGGGUGCCUUGGCCGGCUUAGAUAGGAUCCAAUCUCAAUGCCUCCGGAUCAUCACAGGAUGCAUGAAGUCGUCGCCUAUUAACGCCUUACAGGUCGAAUGCGCUGAACCUCCUUUAGCCCUGAGACGUCAGUACCUUGCUUCCCGUUUUUUGUCCAGGGUUAUUCCUAAAUCAUCCCACCCUCUCAUCCCAAAACUCAGAGAGCUUGACACUCUUUGUCACAGCUCAAAAUAUUGGGAACAUAAAGAAAUCCCCUUAUUCCUGAAAGCAUUCCGAUUUUUUCAAAAUUUAGAAUCUCCUUUUGCAUCACAUCCCAGGCUUCCUUUAUUUAAUUAUCCCUAUGAUGUACUUUGCUUUACUCCUAAUAUAUUUUACAAUAUUGGCAUAUCUAAAAACUCCCCAUCGGCAAAUUCGACCUUUAAUGCGGUUUUGGGUGAACGAUGGUCUGGGUUUCAAAGGUUCUUCACGGAUGCUUCCAAAUUGAAUGACGGUUAUACUGGAGCCGCGGUUUAUUACCAGAACUCGAAAAUUAUUAUGAAAUUCAGAUGCCCAAAGGAGUCUUCUAUAUUUACAGGCGAGUGCGUGGCAUUAUUGGAAGCUUGUCACUUUAUAGAGUCCCAUGAGAUCAACUUCGGAGUUAUCUUUACUGACUCCCUUAGUUGCCUCCAAGCCCUAUCCCAGAAUCCCUUUAGAUCUAAACUCCAUUGUCCUAUUGUCCUAGAUAUCAAAAAGUCCCUUUUCUCUUGCACUCGGCAAGAGAAAGUUGUCCACCUAGUUUGGAUUCCCAGUCAUUGCGGUAUAACGGGAAAUGAAUGUGCCGACGCAUUGGCUAAAGAUGCAUGCACAUCUGAAUCAGCGGACCUUGCACACUUCUCCCUUCAAGGGCAUGACCUACUAAACGUACCUAAAUUGAGUCUUGAGACCUCGUGGCAGGAAUGGUGGAAUAUCUCCAGCAGAAAGAAGGGUAGUUCGUACUACGCUAUCCAACCGGCAGUAAAAUCGAAACCGUGGUUUACUCGUUUUAAAAAAUACCCUAAACAGGUUAUUUCGGUUCUAUGCAGGAUACGUUUAGGACAUUGUUGUACUCCGGUCUUCUUGCGCAAAAUUCGGGUGCAGGACUCAUCUCUCUGCGAGUGUGGACUGGAUGAGGGUUCCCUGGACCAUAUAUUUUUUAAUUGUCCCAAUAACUCAUCUUUUGAUUUAUAUGGUCGUCUCCAAAAACUGAAGAUUCCUCUCCCUACUAAUUUCCGUUCCCUCUUAACUUACUCCUGUCCAGAACUGCUCCAGGCGCUAUUGAUGUCCAUCCAUCGUAAUAAUAUUAAAUUAUAAACUCUGGCCUAUCUAUUUAGACCACUGUUUGUAUAAAUGUGUGCCGUCCUACUAACACGAUAAGUUACACAAGUUUGACUACAACAUCAACUUAAUUUUGUUUUUUUGUCAAUCACAAGCACUACUUGCUUCUCCUUCCACUUGUCAUUGGCAGAAUCGUCGACGUUUGCAUCGACAUGGAUUGCCAUAAAUAAAAAUAGAAUAG